AUGGCUUUGAUGGCAGAACUCAUGAAAAAUAUUGUGUACUAUGGAGGUGAUACUAGUCAGCAUUGUGCAGCAACUGUGAAAGAAUGUGCAAACUUCAAUGCUAAUGAAGCCACUGCUGCACUGGAAAAAGCUAUGAAAGCAAAAGGUGUUGAUGAGCCAGGCAUUAUUUGGGUACUGGCAAACUGCAGUAAUGCCCAGCAUCAGCAAAUCAAACCUGCUUAUCAACGACUGACAGGGAAGCCUUUUGUCAAUGCCUUAAAGAAAGCUCUUUUGGGACAGUUUGAAGAGGUGGUCCUAGCUUUGAUGAUGACUCCACCCCAGUAUGAUGCCUACUCACACAGGACUGCCAUGAAGGGUCUUGGCAUAGAUGAGGAUUGCCUUUUAAUGGUUCAUAUUGCAUUUGUGUUUUGUUUUUCAUAUUGGAAUUAA